AUGGAAGUCCCUGGCCAGCAACCACCGGCGGAGCUAUCUGAACCGGCCCUUGAGACUCCGCAUGGACUGCUGAAUGGAGGCCCCUCUCAGCCUGCGUCUCCACAAGAAGAUUCGUUGCUGGCGGACAUCCUCCACCACUGUGACCUCACCCUCCGACUGGUCACCCAGGUGUCGGACUGGAAGGAGAAGGACGCGCAGACGAAGCGGGAAUUGAGAAGGCUGAAGCAGCUGGACUCGUACAUGGACGAAGCACGCUGGGCCGGGGACGACGACAUGCCCGUGCUCAUGCUCCGAGUGGUAUGGGUCUCUCAGAAACAUACAGUCUUGAAGCUCAUGGUCGAAGAGCUCAAGAUGAGCUUAGGUAUCUGGAGCCAGCUCAAUGAGUGCAUGGUUUUCUUCAAUCGCGACAACAAGUGGGCGCUAGCAGUGGCACCGGACAGCGAUGAGCGGCUCAAGGCAAAGAUUCCUAAUGCCGCGACCGUCCUACACAAUUGUAUGAACCAGCUUCAUUCCGUGAAGCACACCUGGAAGAUGUACCAUAACGUCUUUGAGAAAUGUGACCGACACACAACGCAUGAUACCGGCAGUGGAUAA